GAUCGUCCCCGUGCCGGAAGAUGCUGCUCGCCUUUCCCCUUAUAAAUGCUUCUCCAUCUCUCUAUGCGAAGUAUCUGCCUCUCUAAUUCCUUCUCUCUACAAUGACUCCGGCGAGCGACGCUGUAGCCUCCACCAAUGGUAUGGAUGAUCCAACUUCUACCGAGAAACAGCAUUUCUCGCAGAAUAACUCACCUGCGACGAAGACCGACGAGAAGAAUUCUGUAUCGCCAGUCGAUACGGCGGUGGAGGCUCUCCUUAAUCUUAUGAAUAACUCCGCUUUGGCUUCUCCGGCUGAGACGAUCGUUUCUGAACUCAAGGAGGAGAGAGAAGCAUCACAUCAGAGCGAGUCUGAGGAAGCUCCCGUUUUUGCAGUCGGAGAGCCGCCGGAGAAUAUGAAGAAGAAGGUGAAACUGCAGGGCUCCGAGUGCGAGUCCGAAUGCAAUGGUCCGAAGGUCCCGCUGCUUAAGCCGUCUCCGAGCGUUGGCACGAAUUUAGAGGCAUUUGAGCCAACCAUCUCGCCAGGAAGCAGAUCAAACGGCCACCAGUCGAACGGAGAGAAUGGAGCGAUGGUGGAAGAAGCAUGGGAGUGUCUGAGAAAAUCUUUUGUUUAUUUCAAAGGAAAGCCUGUAGGAACAUUAGCAGCUGUUGAUACUAGUACUGAGGCUUUGAAUUACAAUCAGGUUUUCGUGAGAGAUUUUGUUCCUAGUGGAUUGGCUUGCCUAAUGAAAAACCCUUCAGAGCCAGAUAUUGUAAAGAACUUCUUGUUAAAGACCCUUCACCUGCAAGGUCGGGAGAAGAGAAUUGAUAAUUUUACACUUGGGGAAGGGGUGAUGCCCGCAAGCUUCAAGGUUCUUUAUGAUGCUGGCCGAGCAAAGGAUUUGUUAACUGCAGAUUUUGGGGACAGUGCAAUAGGCAGAGUUGCACCAGUUGAUUCAGGCUUCUGGUGGAUUAUACUGCUUAGGUCAUAUAUCAAAUGCACAUGCGAUUAUACAUUGACAGAGCUGCCUGAGGUGCAGAGAGGAAUCAAAUUGAUACUCAACCUCUGCUUGUCAGAUGGCUUUGACACCUUUCCGACUCUUUUAUGCGCUGAUGGUUGCAGCAUGAUCGACAGGAGGAUGGGAGUGUAUGGAUAUCCAAUUGAGAUCCAGGCCCUCUUCUUUUUUGCUCUAAGAUGUGCACGCCAGAUGCUGAAACCAGAGCGGGGUGGCAAGGAAUUGAUCGAGCGAAUUGACAAGCGUAUCACAGCACUGAGCUUCCACAUACAGAGCUACUAUUGGUUGGACUUCACGCAACUAAAUAACAUUUACCGUUACCGAACAGAGGAGUACUCACACACAGCUGUCAACAAAUUCAACGUCAUACCAGAGUCUAUCCCAGAUUGGCUGUUCGAUUUCAUGCCUUUGCGAGGAGGCUAUUUCAUUGGCAAUGUCAGCCCUGCUCGCAUGGACUUCCGAUGGUUCUUGCUUGGUAAUUGCAUUGCUAUCUUAAGUUCUCUAGCCACUCCUGCGCAGGCUACGGCUAUUAUGGAUCUCGUUGAGGAGCGCUGGACAGAGUUGAUCGGAGAAAUGCCCUUGAAAGUUGCUUAUCCAGCGUUGGAGGGGCACGAAUGGAGGAUUGUCACUGGGUGUGAUCCAAAGAACACGCAGUGGAGCUACCAUAAUGGCGGGUCGUGGCCGGUGUGUGUUGUACUGGAUUAUUUUGCAGUUCUGUUAUGGCUGCUUACAGCAGCUUGUAUCAAGAUUGGUAGGCCGCAAAUUGCAAAGCGAGCGAUAGAGCUGAUGGAGCAGCGCCUCUCGAAAGACGGGUGGCCUGAGUAUUAUGAUGGCAAGACGGGGCGUUACAUCGGAAAGCAAGCAAGGAAGUACCAGACGUGGAGUAUUGCCGGUUAUCUGGUUGCAAAAAUGAUGAUUGAGAACCCAUCUAAUCUCGUCAUGAUCUCUUUGGAGGAGGACAAGAAGAUAACAAAGCCUAGGCUUACUCGCUCUGCCUCUUGGAGCAACUGACACGGAUUAAUUACCAGAUAGAAGGUGGUAUGUGCGCAGCACCUUUUUUAGGGACUGAGCUGUUGUGGCUUAUUAUAUAGCUAAAACAAAAUAUGGGGUUCUGUUCAGAGAAGGGUCACCGGAUAUCAUUGUUGUUCUACUACUAGCACAUGAUUUUUUGAAUAGAAUGCAUGGUGGCAAAGGUCAUUCUGCAGUCCGUUCAUAUUCAAAGAAAGACGUAGAAACAUUGAUAAGUAACCAAUAAAAAAUUAAAAGCCAUUGAUAUAAUGUAAAACUUAUUUCUUGCCUCUGAUA